AUGGAGUUGAUGAAUGCGCUACAGUUUCUCCGGUUAAAUGAAAUUCCUAGAGACUGGGUGGAUGCAGUGUGGGAAUUGGAGUUUACAGAGAGGAAACCACUAGAUGAACCUGUUGGAGAAGAACUGGACGCCUGUACAGACGAAGCCCUCACAACCCUGUACAGCUGUUUACAAUCACGUGCUGCUGAUCUUCGGCUGUCUGCAAGCAGCGACACAAGCUCUCAGAGUAUUUGGACGAUUCUUGGGGAGAAUGGUGUGUCAGUCAAGAGCCUGGUUGCUGUUCUGUCCUCCUUUGUCCUGGCUGCCAAAGCCAAAGGGGCCAGCGUACAGCAGAGGGUCAAUGGACUGUAUGCCGCUUCACUUUACCUGCUGCUGCUGGGACUCCCAGGAAGCAUUGCUAACAGAGUUUUCCAUGAGGUUCUGCUGGACGCGUGUUCUGACCUGACUUCACACUGCUGGCCCGAGGACUCUGGGAAGAAGCGCAAGAAGGACAUCCUGAAGAGUUCCCAGACUGAAGGCAAACGCUCCAAACCACAACGGAAAGACGCAGAAGAGAUGGAAAUAGAUGAGGAAGAGGACGAGGAUAUUUAUUUCUCUGGCAAGGACUUGAUGAGGAUCAGAGAUGCCGUUGCUCUCCUGCUUCAGAGUCUUCUCAGGCUCCUGCAGACAUUUCCGCUCAAAGAUCAACCACAGAGCGCCAGCCACUGCACGCAGAUCUUUACUAAACUGCUCUACUUUGAGCCUGUCCUUGGGGAGCCAGUCUUUGCAGUGCCACAAGAUUUCACCAAGCUGAAGAGCGUUCCAGAGAUGGCUUUCUGCGGCUUGAAGCUGCUGUGUUCACCAAAUCAUGGAGACCAGAAAGAGUCCUUGCGGAGGGUGUUUCACCGACUCCUUUACGUGAUCCUGAUGAUGAACCAAAACGAUGGGAGGAAGCCCUCCCUGCUUGUACCCAACCAGGCCGUCCUCGCCACUCGCGACCAGGCCAUCCAGUUUGUUUGUCAUCUUGUGAAAGAGUUGGAAGAGCUGGCUCUACCUUUCCUUCAAAUCCUCCUGCAGCAUAUCUGCAUUCAGAUGGUGGAGAAAAGUGAGUUUCGAAGUCACGGAGCCCAGGCUGUGGGUUUGUUAACAUCUUCUAUGGCAAGCAGAGACUACGCUCAAUUCAUCAAGUGGUUAUUUACCUUCUCCAGACACUCAAAGAUGGUGCACCGUCUGUUCUCCAUAGACGUCGUGAUGGUUUUGCUGGAGCAGCCUGAAAGAAGUCUGGAAGAGUGUCAGGAUUCUGAGCUCGCAGGCUUCCUGCCACAUAAAUUUCUGAUCCAGGACCUGCUUUUUGCUCGACGGAUGGACACAUCGUCCACUGUGCAAGGCCACGCCCUCUCGUGUCUGGCUCAGUGUCUGGAGCUGCCAUCGCUCAACGUCACUCGGGCAGUUCACAACCUCUUCUCAGCCACUGGGACAUGGACAAUAUUGGAAAGUGAACUUGUAAGAGAAAAUCUCAGUUCCCGUAUGAGUCAGAAAACGUAUCGGACUCUCCCGUUCAGGACCGUGGAAAUCAGCAGUGCCAGCAGCUCUGGCUGUGAUGCGAAAGAGAACCUGGCUCUCCUUAUUUGCCGUCUAAAAGACUCAAAGAUUAAUGUGAGAAAAGCAGCUUUGCAGGCCUUGCUGGGUCUUCUAAAACACGGUGUAAUUCCCAUGAACUGGGAGAAUCUGGAAGUUCUGUCUGAACGCACCAGAGACCCGGCUGUGUCUGUUAAGAAGAAAGCAUUACAGUGUGUCGGAGAACUUCUCGCUGCUCUACCAGAGUGCAGUGAAGUUCAGAAGGCCUGGCUGCACGGUGUGGUGCCAGCUGUGGUGGACUCUGAGAACUCGGUGCAGGAAAAGGCCUUAGAGUCUCUGGAGCAGGUGCUGCUCAGUCAGGUGAAACCAUACUCUCCUAGUCGCCACCUGGAUUCCAGUCAGAAGCUGACCUGGGACCUGCUGGAGCUAAUGUGUCACAAGUGCCAGAACCUCAGCCAAUAUUUCAGCAGGGCCUUUACCAUCUGGUCCAAACAGAACAAGUUCACCUCUACGUUCAUCACUAACUUGAUCUCACACACUGAGGCGGAUCAUGCUGCUGGGGCCUGGCUGCUGCUCUCAAAGGUUGUCACGUCAUCCUCAAAACUGCCAUAUGGCAAGAUCCUGAAUGCCUGGGAUGCCAUGCUCAGUUCAAAGCAUGUAAAUGUGACAACAUGCUGUCACAUCCUUGCUGUGAUGGGAGACAUUGCUACUCAUUUGAAUGAAGAUACCAAGGACCGGCUUGUUGCUGAUCUGAUGUCCUGGUUGAAGACGUUCAGUUUGUCUCUAGAGGUGAUCAGUGCUUCUGUGGAGACACUUUAUCAUCUUGGUUCCAGUGAGGACAUCAAACAAACUCAGGCUUUUAUGAAUCAGCACUGUGGUGAGUUGGUGUCACUCUGCGAGGCAUAUUUAGCCGGCAUCAUCCUGUGUGAAAAUGGAACUCAGAACCUCAACGAGGAGCUGACGAUAAAGUACUUCCACACUCUGGGCGUGGCAUCUCUCCACUGUCCUGCAAUGAUCAGUAAAAAGACUAUGCUGCUGGUGGAAUCUGUCCUGACCCCACAUUUGGAUCAGCUGGCAGAUUGCCACGAGGAGCUGCCAGCAUCUCUACCUCUGUCUCAAUACAGAGCAAACUCUCUGCCCACCAGCGUCAAAGCCCAUGGCGUCAUCACUUUGGGUAAACUAUGCUUGCAGCAUGAAGAACUCGCACAGAAGUACAUGCCGGUGUUUGCCAGAGAGCUCGAGAUCGGCAAGGAGGUCGCUGUGCGCAACAACAUAGUGGUGAUCAUGUGCGACCUGUGCAUUAGAUACACCAACAUCGUGGAUCACUACAUCCCCAACAUCUCUGCCUGUCUGCGGGACGAUGUAUCUGUCAUCAGGGAGCAGACACUCAUCAUGCUGACCAACCUGCUCCAGGAAGAAUUUGUGAAAUGGAAGGGCUCGCUCUUCUUUCGGUUUAUGGUGGCGCUGGUUGACCCAGUCCCUGCCAUUGCCAGCUUGUGUGAAUACUGUCUGCUCCAUGUGUUGCUCAAGAAGAACCCAGAAAUGUUCAGCCAGCACUUCAUUGAGAGCAUCUUCCACUUCAACUCCUACAGCAAACACAAGUCGUACAACAAGUUUCCUCAGAGUGAGAGAGAAAAGAUUCGGUUCUCCCUGAAAGGAGCUCAGCAUCGUGACAAGCGCUUUCGGAUUUAUUGUUUCCUGCUGGAGCACUUUACAGACACGCAGCGGUUCAACAUCACAAAAAGGAUCAACCAGACCGUCUUAGCAUGCUUUGCAGACGAGGAGCUGCCUCUGGAUUCAGAUGGUGCUGAAAUACUGUCAGAGACCUUCAAAAUCUUGAGUCUCAAGGAGAUAAAGCUGCAGGCAAUUUCAGCUACAGCAGGGGGCGCAGGUGGAGAGGAACCAGAGGAGGAAAACAUGGCUGCCAUGACCAAAGCCGUCAUGCAGGCUGCACAGAAGAAGGUGGUGUCACAGGUCCAGAGGAAGGCGUUUAUAGAAAACACAGUUCCUGUAAUCAUCAGCCUGAAGAGCCUACUGGAGCAGAAACGAUCCCCCGUCCUCCGAGACCUCAUGAGCUACCUCCAGGUGACAAUGCAGGACUACCGUAACGAGGUGCAGCAGCUGUUCUCUGGAGAUGAGCAGCUGGCAGCUGAAGUGGAGUUUGCUCUGAAGAAGGCUGACGAGGAGCGAGAGAUGCAGGAACAGAUGGACUCCUUCAGUCUGGCAGGAAACGCACAGACAAAUGGUUCAGCUCCGGGCUCCCCCAAUAGGCCGAGACCCCUCCUGCCUCUCAAAUUUACAACACCACAGCCGCCUCGUCCUAACACCAUGCUAAGCAGAAAGGCACUGACUGACCGGCAUGUGCGCACACUGAGAUCAGAGGAUCGGCAGCAGAAGUCUGUGGCUCUGGAUGGAACAGUUAUUGUAAAGGGGGCAGCUAAUGACAGAGCCUUCAGCACACCGAAAGGUUUCAACAUAAGCUUAACAUUUAACGACGGCUUCAGUACAAUCCUCAGCGAACAAGAAACAACAGUAGACACCAGUGGUCAAAGCGUGAGGUCUAAAGAACAGUCUCCUGGACCGAGGCAGUGGAACGUUGAGUCUCCUCUCCGCCAGAAGAAACAGACGAAAAUAUCCAGAUGUUAG